AGUUAUCCUCCAACGAAAAUGAGAUUGACUAAAUCUUCCCGCUUUGAGCAGGUUGGCGCUGUCCAGAUUCACGAAUUGCAGCGGGUUAUCGAGUUCGACUCUGGAUCUACCUCGCCAUCCGUCGGCAGCGAUACCGUCUUGCCAGCUGAACUGAAUAAAAUCGAGUCGCAGAUGUGCAUAGUCAUCCUAUGCAUGAAUGAAGAAUUCAAGACGAUCGAAGGAGUUCUGUCCGGGAUCCCCCAUGAUUGCCUCAUCAUCUUCGUCUCGAAUAGUGAACGCCGACCAGUCGACAGAUAUCAGGUUGAAGUCCGACUCACCCAAAGCUUCUGCAAAGAUGCCAACCGACUCGCGCUCGCCAUCCACCAGAAAGACAGGGAUGUUGCCAAAGCUUUUGUGGCUACUGGUGCAGCCGAACUCGUCGACCGAGAUGGGACAAUUCACAAUGGCAAGGGCGAAGCCAUGGUCAUUGGUAUGGCGUUAGCAGCAAUGACCAAUCGUCGAUAUGUAGGCUUCGUCGACGCCGAUAAUUACAUCCCCGGCUCUGUGACGGAAUAUUGCAAGGUUUUUGCAGCCGGUCUUCAUCUCGCUGCUUCAACCAAUGCCAUGGUACGAGUUGCAUGGAAUUCAAAACCCAAGGAGCGCCAUGGGCGCUGGAUGUUCGACAAGAAGGGCCGCAGCUCCAGGGAUAUCAACGAGUGGCUCAACAAUACACUGCAAGAACACUCGGGGUUUGGAACCGAAAUCAUCAAGACUGGCAAUGCUGGUGAACAUGCCAUGCCUCUUGAGCUGGGGUUGAAGCUCAAAUUUGCCGGCGGAUUCGCAGUCGAGCCUUACGAACUCAUCUAUCUGCUCGAAAAUGGCAAUGGCCAAGCCGUAACCCAAGCCGAAAACCCACCCUUCGUUGGGGAGGUCCACAUCCACCAAAUAGAGACCCGAAACCCACACCUACAUGAUAACAAAGGAGAGGAACAUGUGCAAAAGAUGCGUUUCCAAGCCCUCAAUAUGCUAUAUCACUCCAAUAUCACCCCUGAGCCCAUCCGCAAUGCAAUUCAAGACCUGAUGGUUUCCGAAGAGGCGUUGGCAAAGGAUCAAGAACCGGCAAAAGGGAAUAUCUACCCACAAAUCGGGUCCUUGGACUUGUUGAUGCUCUACGACAUGCUGAACUCCGACGCAAAAAGCUUCCAUCAGAUCACAGGGGAGUCUUGCGCAUGUUCAUAUUCAUCGGCUUUGGGUCCCAUCGACCGGGGUUCUAUUCAGUCAACUUGA